AUGCUAUCGCCGCCGCCGCCGCCGCCUCCGCCGUCGCGGCCCCGCUGCAUUUGCAUUCAGACGGCCGGGCCACGAGAACGCCGCGCCGGCCGCGCCGCCGCCCGCGUCGCCGCCAUCUCACCUGCGCGCCGCGACAAAAUGGAGAUUGUGUCGGGUGCGUGUGAGCUGCGUGACCAGAAGAGCCGACGUCAACAUGGGUGAAGCGGGGCGACGCGAUGUGUCAUGUGUCCGGCGAGCGGAGCUGGGCAUCAGGUCGCCUCUUGUCACGCGGUCACUUUGCACAAUUCUCCCUCCAGAGCACAACUCUCCUUCACUGCGAGUGCUCGUGCACCGGGCCAAUCCCAGUUCAAGAGCUUCUACUUUCUCGCUACGGAAUAGAGAG